AUGUUCUUGUUCUGGCCCUUAAUCGCUUUGUCAGUAACGUUGGUAUCAGGACUUGGUCGAAUGAAAACAAAUGAUUUACGUGCUGUAAACUUUGCGGCAGAGAUUACAGGACGUAAGCUUCUUGGGAGGGUUAUCAAGGAGACAGAAGAGGAAUCAGAAGAUGCUUGCCAGCUGCAAUGUGUAGAUGAAAGCCGUUGCCUGUCUUACAAUUUUGGACCGGCAGAAGACGGGAAAAGAUUCAAAUGUCAACUAAGCGACUCUGAUCGAUUUGCUGCAGUGGAUAAUUUCUCUCAAGAUGACGAAUUUUCCUACAGGGGAAUACAGGUAUUGUGUAAUUGGGUACAACGUAGAAAAAGAUAGGUUACAAUAGAAAGUAAAUUCUUCAGGUAGUAUUAAUUUUUUAAAAAAAAAAAAAUUCUCUGAUUCAAUGUAUACUUUACCAAUUACAGUCAUUUACACUCAGCUUUCAUUAAAAGACAUUAGCAUAUCGAUGGUUAAAUAUCUAAAGAUAAAAAUCACUCCUUCUGUGAAAAAAAUUUAACAAUUCAAGUUACGGAGCUGCCUGAGUAAUCAAUAUUCAAUUUUUAAGGCGGAUACGUUUCUAAGGAAACUUUUGUGAUGUGACGGUGGGAUAUCACAAGAUAAUUUAAUUAUAUCAACUAAGAUGAUAAUGUGAAUUGGCGGUCACAAGUUUAUUUAAGUUGGCCCCUUCACAUUACCAACUCAGUUGAAAAAAAAAGUCAUCCAACAUCUGUUUGUUGUUUUCUUGCACAAAAACGUUUUCCGAUGCACGCUGAGUGCAGCACCAACGAAAUGUUAGUAGCAAACAAUACACAAUUUGGUUGUUUGCAAAUUUCAACUUAUUUGAAUUUGAGAAUUUAACGUUCAAAUCUGUUAGCACUUGCAUUAAGUUGGCAUCUUUCAAAAUAUAGAGUUCUUGUGAGACAAGUGGUUCCAUUUGCGGCGAAAAAGGAAUCUGUAUCCCCAACUAUCAAGAUGGCAGCGCAAGAUGCAAAUGUAAAGGUGGCUUCAGAGGACCAACUUGCGGUUAGUGUUGGAGUUGUCGUAUGCAUGGUUUGGCCUUGAUAAUUUAGGAAUUCAAACAGCAAAAGACGAUUGUGGAAUAUUUUCAGCAGUAGCUCAGGAAUACUCCGAGAAAUCACCUAAAUGGCUUAGACAAAUGUUGAACCGAUGGCCUCCUGAUUAAGGAAAAGUCUCCCCAGCCCCCUCCUGAAUUUCAGGCGUAUCGUGGUAGCUGGUGGAGACUACCACUGGAAAGAGGCGUAAAACAGGAGUCUCGAACAUACCUUUUAAGCAUUCGGAAGAAACUACAAUCCUCGUGAUCAUCUUUAGAAUAACCAUUGAAAAGUUGUGUUCAUGAGUCGCGUGCCUCACUAUUCGGCAAACUUUUACAAUCCUCGGUACGGUGCAUGUCACUCGGAAAAUUAGGUUACGUUAUGUGUAUUUAUUUGUAUGCUUCUUUCUAUGUUUAUUCGUUCGUUUGUUUGCUUUUUUUUAACAUUUCAUAGCUAUAGAGCCAAACAGCUGCGCUGAACUGCUUCGACAUGGUUGGAAAUCCAGUGGCUUAUACAUCAUCAACCCAGAUGGCGGAAAACCAGUGUAAGUGUUGUGUGACAUGAAUACGGAUGGUGGAGGUUGGACCGUUUUUCAGAGACGUUUAGACGGCUCUGUAGAUUUUUUUCUAGGAUGGGAACCUUACAAAUACGGCUUUGGAAAUCCUGAUAGUGAGUUCUGGCUUGGAAACGAUAAUCUUCAUCAUUUGACAGACUCUGAUGACGUCAUGCUGAGAGUUGACCUGGAAGACUUUGAAGGUAACAUUACCUACGCCGAGUAUACUACUUUUAAGGUGGCAGACGAGGCUGAUAAGUACAGGCUUUUGAUUGGAGGAUAUUCUGGCACAGCUGGUGACUCCAUGCUUGAGAAACAACCUCUAAGGUAAAUCAAAUCUGAACGAGGCUUAAUUAACAAUUGAUUCAUAGGUCAGCGUGCGUUCAUCGAGAUAUGAAGCUCGCGGGAAGUUUGGAGAGCACGAAAGAUGCGUAAGAGUUGCUCGAGGCGUAGCCGAAACAACUCUAGCUUCUUGAGUGCUCUCUUAACUUCCCAAGUGCUUCAUAUCUCGAUGAACGCACAGCUAACGUAUGAACCAAUUGUUUUAUAACAUUUUCAACCCGAUGGAAAAUUUUUUUCUCGAAGGAUAUGUUUGCUGACGUCAUGAGUGUGCACAAUAGGAAUAUGAAGCACGCUCGCGCAAUUGAAUUUGAUUAAACAAAUUUACUAGCUAUGUUAUAAAGCGGUAUGAGCUGAGUCAGUCAACUCUUUGAACUUCUUUAACGGCUACACACUAGUGGGUGAGAUCGUGACGUAUUUCGAUCAACAGAUCUUCGGCGGUAAAGCCAUGACAAAGGGUGACUCAUACGGUUAAUGUAUGUGAUCUUUUUCUUACUCUCGUUCAUGUUUCUAGUGGGAUGCAGUUUUCGACCAAAGAUAACGAAAACGACAAAAAUCCCAAUGAUCACUGUGCUCUGAGGUUCAAAGGUGCAUGGUGGUACAACCGUUGCCAUAAUUCGAAUCUCAACGGCAUCUACCAUGGUGGGGCAUAUACCUCAUACGCCGAUGGAGUUUGCUGGGAAGGAUUCAAAGGACUUUAUUAUUCACUUAAACGCACGGAGAUGAAGCUUCGACCCCGUAUUAUGAAAAAAUAA